AUGGCAGACCGGGUUGAGGAAAGCAACGCUGCGAAGCGGAAGAAAUGGCUCAAGCGAUAUCGUACGGAGGUGGCGGCGUCUGCUAGCAGUGUCCUCUCAACAUUUGCUGCAAUGUCAAAUCUGACUACUCAGUUUCCCUUGGAUUCCGUAAAGACUCGCAUGCAGACCUAUAAUUACAACAGUUUCGCCGAUUGCGUCCGUCACACCUAUCAGACGGAAAGUUUUCGAGGGUUCUUUCGAGGAGUUGCAGCUCCCAUGGCCAGCGUAACUCUGGUUCGAACUAUAUCUUUCUCCGUAUAUCAGAAAUCGAAAUAUACAUAUGCUGCGUGGUUCAAGAGGAACUUUGGUCUGGAUCCGCUGAUUCACGUCAACACUCCCGGCACCUAUCCUAAUUUGUCUACACUCGCUUGCUUUGGGGCUGCGGGAGCCACGGCGGGCUCUUUCAUUACACUGGUUGCUUGUAGGUCGAACGCCUAUCCUGCUCCACUCUGGCUAACAUUAUUAGGUCCAUUCGAAUUGACCAAGGUCUCCGCUCAGGUUUCUGUUCUUAUGGCCCAUAAGCAUUCGAGUGUCUCGGAUGCUACAGGUAUCUCGAGUAGCAAGGGUAGAGCUGCCAGAGCUGUUGCGUCAAGUUACCAAAAUAAGGGUACUUUUCAGACUGCCAAGAACAUCAUCAAGCAUCGGGGAAUUGCAGGGUUGUAUUCUGGCUUCAACCUCCAUUUGCUGAGAGAUACGCUGGGUACCUCAAUAUACUUUAUGACGUACGAGAGUAGCAAACAACUGAUAACGACGUAUACUGGAGAUUCUUCACCAACCAAUCCAUUGUCAGUACUGUUUGCGGGUGGUUUAUGUGGCGUUGCAAGCUGGGCCUUGAUUUACCCUAUAGAUUCUGCCAAAAGCAUCUACCAACGUAAUUGCUUGACAGUCGCCAAGGGUGAACAAGUCAACAAGGCCCCCAGGAUAGAAUUUUUCAACAGGAAGUUGUACCGUGGGCUGGGGGUUUCGAUGGGUCGAAGCUGCGUUGUAAACUCGAUCUUCUUUUCCGUUUUCGAGUUUAUCAAGAAACAGAUUAAUGCCCUGGAUUAA